UGCAAAGGUGUACCUCCUGUUUAUCCAUUGUCAACGGUGUUAGAUCUUGAAGCUUAAAUUAAAAUCAUUGCAGAGGGAGACAAACAAAAACAAUGGCGCUAUUAUCGCUUCUUUCACCUUUCCCCAAUGCCGUCUCUUGCGCUUUCUCCUCUCCUUCCUCAAAUUUCAGGGCCCAAUUGUUAUUCGAAUCGCUUCCUGAAAACCGCAUCGUCCUAGGGUGUGGAGCGGUCUCGGUGGAUUUCUUGGCCUCCGUUGCUUCUUAUCCUAAACCUGACGACAAAAUCCGAAGCACUAGCUUAAAGGUUCAAGGAGGUGGGAAUGCUGGAAAUGCCUUAACUUGUGCUGCUCGUUUAGGAUUAAAUCCGCGACUAAUUUCUAAGGUUGCCAAUGACGCUCAAGGAAAGAGUAUACUGGAGGAGCUUGAAUCUGAUGGAGUCAACACUUCAUUCUUUAUUGUUUCUGAGGAGGGGAAUUCACCAUUUACUUAUAUCAUCGUUGACAGUGAAAUGAAAACUCGCACCUGUAUUCACACACCUGGUUAUCCACCCUUGAUACCUGAGGAACUCUCACAAUCGCAAUUAUUAUCUGCAUUAGAUGGAGUGAAUAUGGUUUAUUUUGAUGGAAGACUGUAUGAAACAGCUUUAAUUGUUGCAAAAGAGGCAGCUCGCAAGAAUAUUCCAAUAUUAGUCGAUGCAGAAAGGAAAAGGGAAGGUUUAGAUGAUCUUCUAGAUUUUGCUAGUUACGCUAUAUGUUCGGCAAAAUUUCCACAGGCAUUGACAGAGGCUCCAUCUGUUCCAAGUGCUCUUCUUUCCAUGCUUCUGAAAUUGCCGAAGUUAAAAUUUGUGAUUGUGACAUUGGGUGAAGAUGGAUGCAUAAUGCUCGAAAGAAGUGUAAAUGGUGGUUCCGAUGCAGAAGAAAUUGAUAUUCACAGUUCAUUGGAAUCAUUGAAGCAGAGAGAAGAUGAAAGCAAGACCAUCCCAACAUGUAUCUCAUCGGAGGUUGCCAAAUUGAGUUCAAAUGGGAUAGGAACAGUGAUUGGCCGGUUAUUUAUCGGAACAGCUGAAAAGGUUCCACCAUCAGAACUUGUUGACACAACCGGCGCAGGAGACGCAUUUAUCGGAGCAGUAAUUUAUGCUCUAUCUGCAGGCAUGCCACCGGAGAAGAUGUUACCGUUCGCCGCUCAAGUGGCUGCAUCCGGCUGUAGGGCUCUAGGAGCCCGAACCGGUCUUCCGCACCGAACGGAUCCACGGUUGGCGACCUUCUUGUAACGUGUUCCGACUUCCGACAUGUCAACUACGUUAGAGGUGAAGUAUAUGGAAACUUUACCGUCCAAUCCAGAGUAUUUUUACCAUCGUACAGGCAAAUGGAUCCUUUUAUAUGGAGCAAAUGAUACUAUAAGAUG